AUGUUUUCCGUCAAUGCAUCAUCAGUUGACAGCAGCUUGGAUGACUUUGACUUUUCUUCCAAAGGGGACUGGAGAAAAGAGGCAGAACUCUUACGAGCUAAAGCGCAGGCAAUUCGCUCAGAAGCGAGGGCCAUGGAAGUGGCACUCCUCGCCAAUAAGAAACAACAACGAGACGCUAAAACAUCAGAAAGCGACAAUGUCAUUGAUUCCUUGUUUCCGCCCAAACUUCCAUUGCCACCUCCCCAGAAGCUGGCCGAACAGUUGAAAACAGAACGCUGGUCCAUCGAGGUGAUUAACAUGGUGGUGGACCGCAUGUUUGAACGGCAGAUGAUUGCGGUGGGACAAAAGAUACCUGAAGACAAAGGGUUGGAUUUUUCAGUAGGAGGUCGAGCUGACAAGAUCAUUCAAGUUGAUGGCCCGGAGUUUGACCGAUUGGAAGGUGCCUUGGACAUUCUACAAGAGGCAGCGGCCGUGCUGGAUCUUGAAGUAGAAACAGAAGAGCAAGAGGCGCAAAACCAAACGGGCUCAAAAAGUAAUGUGGCAAGUCGACGAAGGCGAGGAUGGGAUGGACGUCUGGAAAGUGCUAUCACUGCUAGGCGAAACGAACUGGAUCGAGUCCAACGAGAAAUUCGCAAUCGAAAGUUUGCUACAGAGAUCAACAGGAUUGCCAAUACCAACCAAUCAAUUGCCGAAUUCAUUCGAAGAUCUGCUCUCAACCUAUCGCUUGCCAAUGACAACCAGGAGGAGGCAGAUUUGGUAACCUCAGACAAUCCAAUAGACAAUGCCACCCAAGUCCUCGAGACCUUGAGGUUGACUCCCAUGUGGGUUCCAGCCUCCUUUUUGCCGUACAUUAUUUCAUCGGGGAAAUCUACGCUAGGGCCCGAACAAGUGCAACUUCUCGAAAGUAGCGUCUUGCAGGGCAGUCGAUUCUUUGUCACUUCUUCGGAUUCGAUCCCAGGUGCUGCCAUUUUCCGGGGAAACUUGCGCACCAUUAGUGGAACCAUGAUGCAAAAUACGACGGCACAGCAAACAUCUGCUGUCUUUGGUGAAAUCCAGGAACGAUUGCAAAAAGAAGGACUGGCAGAGGCCGUCCAGUUAUUCUUCUUGCCGGAUCCGGAGUGGCAAUUCAAACGAGACGAAGUUCAACAAGCACCCAAACCAGUGUUACUGGCAUUGUCCAAAUCAGUAUCACCAGAUAUGAGCAUCAGCAGUACUUUGCCAAAUGCAAAAUUAAUUGCUUCCACCAAAUCGGGGAUUGCCUAUGCGCUGGCAAUUUUCACCACGUUGGCCUAUUCUAUCUCUACCUACGCUUUGAAUCCAUCAUUUUUCAAGGCCAUUGUGAAUCAUGGAAAGGCAAGAGUUCUUGCUCGGUGUGUUCCCAUUUUCCUCGGGGUUGUUGGUAUUCAAUUGGUACACGAAGCAGGUCAUUACUUUGUUGCCAAGCGUCGAGGAAUGCGAAUAGGCAACCCAGUUCCAGUCUUUUCCUUUUCCACCGGACUCGGUCUGUAUGGUUGCAUCACACCACUCAAAUCGUUCCCGCCCAAUAGAGCAUCUCUAUUGGAUUUUGCCCUCUCGGGACCUUUUGCGGGCAUUCUGGCUUCCUUGGGUUGUAUUAUUGCAGGAAUUUCCAUGACUACACGAGCCUCGACAACUGCCUUGUCUACAUUUCCAUUCGUCACCGCAGCCAAGCUAAAGUCGAGCUUCUUGGUUGGGUCCAUACUCUCCUGUCUCGCUUCCAAAAGUAUCAUGCUACCAGCUGCACAACCCGUUCCAAUUCACCCCCUCUUCACUAUUGGACACUCGGGACUGGUCGCAUCCGCAUUGAAUCUACUUCCGAUUUUUCGAUUGGAUGGGGGAAGGGCCUUUGCGGCUGCCAUGGGAGCCCGACAAACUCCGAUAGUUUCCGUGGCUGCAUUGUUACUCCUCUUAUCACAGUCACUCACAGGGGGGUCAGCAAUCGGGUUUGCAUGGGCUAUUAUCAUAUUAAUCUUUCAGCGACGGGACGAAGUUCCUGCGCGAGACGAAGUCACAGAUAUCGACAAUCUUCGUUUCGGAACAUGGCUUUUCUCUCUGCUACUCUCCUUUGCUAUCUUGAGUCCAUUCCCAGGUAACCGCGGAAUCAUACAAUAA